CAAUUGUGCACUUAAAAUAAGAUGGCGAGUUUCAGCGAGUUCUGAAGAACCAUUCGUCUGCAACGGUUGCAUCUCGGAUCGAAUGCUAUUAUUCGAUAUAUUUUUGAAAGUUUGGCCGACUUUGACUGAACCUAGAAACACAUAUAGCCAAGCAUCGCAGAUUUGGACGUCUCGUCUAUUCAUCUUGAUGCAUGUCAUACACAAUCGACUCCCUGGCCAUAUUACCUCCGUUUAUUCCAUUGGAGGCAAGAACUAUUAAUUAAGAAGAGGAAGAAGAAAGAAAGAAAACGAAAUGGCGAACAGGAGGGAUAUCUCUCUUAGAAAUCUCAGGAUUAUCAGGUGCUCGAGAGUUCAAGAGAUAAAGAAACUGAGAGCGAACGAGAAAUGAAAAGUAGAAGAAUUGAACUGUGAAAUCUGCUCAUUCGACGCAUUUUUGUGUAAAAUGAAAAAAUCUGGCAGAAAAAAAGUCCGGCACUGUCCUACGAAGCAAGAUAUUGAGUCGACAACUAUCGAGAUGAGGAAAUCUGUCAUGUGAAGUGUAUAGACAGUAGUGUUUAUAGUAUCUAAUUUCAUCGAAAUCAGAAGUAAGACAAUUACGUGGAAACUUGACUGCAUAGAAUGUUGCAUCUUAGAUGAAUAAUGCUUGUAGUGAGUGGAUCUUAUCUCCAACAAAAAUAUAUUCACUGGAUAUCCUGUAGUGAAGUAUAGAUCAUAAGAUAAUGAAGAUAUAGAACACAGAAAAGAAAAGAAGAGAAAAUAUUUACAUGGAAACAAGGAAGUUAACAUGGACAUUCAAACGUUUGUAUUUUUCGAUUUGGAAACAACUGGGCUGAUCCAGGAAAAUGUCAUGCCAAGAAUUACAGAAAUUGCUUUAGUUGCUGUCUCGACAGAAUCAAUACGUAAUGGUAACAAAAAUUGCCUGCCGAGAGUCUUACAUAAAUUGGUACUCCCAGUUAAUCCACAAAAAGUUAUACCAGUACAGGUGCAGCACAUGACAAAACUAUAUAAUGAGGAUAUGCAGGUAUUGCAGCCUUUCAAAAGUGAACUUUAUGAGUUAAUAAUAUACUUUUUGCAACGUCUCACACCGCCAAUUUGUUUCGCAGCACAUAAUGGCAACAAAUUCGAUUAUCCAAUAUUCUUAGAGGAACUCAAACGUAUCAAUAAGAUACUUAGUGACGAAAUCCUCUGUAUUGAUACAUGGAAAAUGUUCGACGAUUUCUUUAAGAAAAGAAACUUGCAAUCCACAGUAUUUCAAGAUUUGUUGAAUGAUGAGUUCAAUGAUUCACUCUCCACAUUGGAUAUGGAUGUAGUGACGAAAGAAUCCAAAAUUAUUGCGAUGACAUCCACUGCGCAGACAAUGCUUCUCUGUGACGAUAAAUAUAUUAAAGCCGUAAAUACAAAAGUAGAUAGCUGUAACAAUGAUGUUGAUAUUCAAUCGUCGAAGAAUCCUAUACAAGUGGCGAACGAAAAAACACCAAAGGCUCAAAAAACGAAAUCAGAAAAUGUCUUCAUGCAGCGACCAGUCAAGAAAAACAAUUUGAAGAAAAGAUUGAAUUUUGAAGAAAAGAUUGAGUUUGAGAGGCCAAGUAGCUUAAAACUUAUUGCCAUUCAUGAGCAUAUAGUCGGCAAACACUUUGAAGAGCAUCAUUCAGCUGAAGCAGACUGUCUCGCUAUGAUACGCUGUAUUAGCAAUAUUGUUGAUUUCUUCCUUGAUUGGUCAAACAAUCACGCAAUUCCUUUGACUUACUGCAAAAAAAAAAUAUAAAAAUGUAUAUUAAUUGAUAACAAACAAAUAGCAUGAAAAAAUAUAGUGUAAAAUAAAUAUGUGUGAUUAUCGUGAAGUAAAAUACAAAGCUAGUGUGAAAUUUAAAA